GGAAAAACACAGGUGUUGCUCAUAACACUAAUGGGCUUCUAUUUUUUUGAACCAGGGUAAGGUAGACUAGUGAAGAGACCACACAUAUUCACCAUGGAGCCCUCAGAGUUGUCAUAGCAGGGCAACACAGGUGAUUGCCUCAAAAUUAACUUUCGGCAGGUGUUUCAUUUGUUUGUGUUAAAGCACCAGCAAUGGUCAACGUGUGUCAGCUUCACUUGUUUAGUCUACUGCCUGUAUCCCGGUACAUGCAGACCCAUAAUUAGUGUUAUGAGUGACACCUGUGUUUGUCCCACGAUGACGCCUCUGUGGUAACGGUCUAUUACACCAUCUAGCACUGGCCCUGGAAGAGGUCUUGUCCUGUAGUUAAAAUAGAAGAUACUUGCAAGUCAAGCCCUUCCCAACUGUCAUGUGGGAUAACAAAGGUCACAAAUUAUCGCAACAUAAUGCUGGCGAAAAAGGAGCAGGCAUAACGAGAGCCUCGCUUCAGAUCCUGCCGUGCACGGUGUCCCAGCUGCUCUCAAGCACAAAGGUCGAUUCAUACGUGGUCGGAGGCCGAGAGGUCAGCCAGGCCUCUAUCGUGGGCGUCGUCAGAAGAAGUCAGCCCUUUGAAAAUCACAUCCAGUACAGGGUGGAUGACAUGACGGGCCCUCCUGUGGAUGUGACGCUGUGGGUGAACACCGAGGCCGCGGAUCCUUCGCUGUCGUGUGACGGAAGUCCUGGCACCUACGUUAAGGUUGUGGGAACUUUACGGGGCUCUGAGGGUCGAAGGUCCCUGACCGCUUACAACAUACGCUGUCUUGAGGACCUAAAUGAGAUCACGUCCCACAUGUUGGAAGUGGUUCAAGCCCAUAUGCUGCCUUCUGAGAGGGUCGGCGGUUCUCCUUGGAAACCUGUACAUGACAAAUACCCAUCAUCUCGUUUGUCCACCAUUCAGACUGAGGUCCUGCACGUCGUCAGCAAGUGCUGUGGCCAUGAGGGUAUCAGUUUGGAUGACAUCAAGACAAAGCUGGAUUACCUCAGUCUCCCGACAAUCAGGAGAUCCCUGGAGUUCCUAAUGAAAGAGGGCAACGUCUUCACAACCAUUGAUGAGCAGCAUUUCAAGUCGAGUGGAUAAAUGCUGGUUGGACAUGCCUGCCCAAUUCCCAUUGGUCUUGCUUUGUUUUUUGCUUUGUCAAUGCUGUUGAAUGCGAUGACAUUGUGGUGACAGGUCUUGGGGCAUUUAUGUUUUAUUUAUUUCAUUUGUCAACCAGUUGUAGAGGCUUCUAUUUUUGUUGCACAUUUGUUUUAGUUUGUUUGCCUUUUUGUUUUGUCUCUCAAAGUCAUGACUGCUGACACAUUGUAAGAAGCCUUCAACGAGUAUAUGAAUAACUCUUCACAAAGCACUCUGGUUUGUUCUUUAUUUAAGCACAAUCGUCACAUGUUUAUGAAUGGACUACAAUCCCCACGCAGCUGUCGUGUUGGUCUGCCUCGCUUUCCCAGAAUUCCAAGGGAGAGUAUUCGAGGCCGGUCGAAAAUGGCAGCAGACACUAGCACGAACACACCUCCUUUUGAAUGCCCGACAUGGUAAGGGCUUAAGUGUGCAUGCGAACCAAAGGUGUUUUAAAUAACCGCGUAGCCAUUGUUUUAUUUAACACGCCAGGAAUCAGUUGACAGUGAACGCGCUACCGUGCUGGCUGACGCGAUAUAAAAAUGUAAACAGUGAUGGAUACCUCAGAUGACUGGUCUGGUCAGAACAAAUGCCUCCGCAAAGUCCUGCUUGGACCCCUGCGUCGUUUCUGCCAUGCAAAAAUAUGAGUUUCCUUUGUCCAUGUAUGACAUUAAACGCUAUAUGUUGACUGGAUUGUUUUUCAGUAUUUAUAGUUGGAGUCUUAAGGUUUAUUAAAUGAUCGAUAUAAUUCAA